CCCGUUCAUAUGUAGUGUUGAUGCAUGUGUGUUCGAAGGUGCAUUUAAAACCCAGGAGGGCAUGGAGCUACCUGCCAGGGAGUAGCAGGCAAGCGCAUAGUCCCUCCCGAUAGCCCUCAAUGUAUACGUGUAUUUAAAAUUGAGAGGUGGGCAACGGCACCAGAGUUGAGGUUGUACACCCUGACAGUCUUCUGGAUGCCGUGUAGCAUGCCCACCCCCAAGGUCCUAUAUGUAUGUGUUAUGAGAGUGUGAGUAAUGUGAAUGUCUGAGUUGUGGGAUAAAAUUGAGGCACAGGCUGAUGAUGGGUGAUUGUGGUGGAGCGGGAAGAGGGAGGCAGUAAAAUGUAUUCAACAUGAUUGUGACUAACUCCUCUCUCUGUCUUCAAUGACAGAUCCUCCACAGAUCCUGCUCUCAUCACACUGCAGCUCAACACAAAGUCAGCUCAACUGUUCCUGUGAGACUCUGGGAAACCCAUCCCCCGCUAUACAGUGGUAUUUGAAUGAACUACCUGUCAAUCACUCUAAAUGUGAAAUAUUCAAUCAGACUCUGAACAGGACAAUUCUGAGGAGCUUCUUCACUCUGAAUCAGCCUCAUAAGAAAGAUCAUCUCACCCUGCUUUGCCGCAGCUUCAACUCUCUGGGCUCAGCCAGUCAACAAUUUUGUGUCAGCAGCCAACAGAUUUCCACAGAACAUCAACUUCUGUAUCCAGCGAUAAUAUCCACUCUUGCAGUGCUGCUGUUAGCACUGCUACUAUAUGUGUUUUUUAUCAGGGCUCAAAAGAAUCCUUGUAAAAAUAAAGGUCACUUAACAGAUGAAAACAACACAGUUGCAAUGAGUCAGCCUCUAACUGAAGAAGGAAAUGAGGAACCAAACACAACAGAAGAGUGCAUUUAUGCAAACGCUGAUGGACUGAGAGGGGCAGAAAAUCUUCACCCUGCAAACAUCGCUGGACCAAGCAGCACUGACUUGCCAAGCUCUGGGCCAAAAAAUGCAGAAGGAGGAUGCAAAAAAUCAGACAAGAAAGGGGACGAGAACGAACUGAUUUACUCUAAUGUCAACUGGAAGAUGAAGAGCAAGAAAAAAAGGGUGGAAAAUCUUUGGACAUGAAUCCACCUGGCAGAUCUUAUUUGAAAGAGAAGUGCAUGAUUCAUCUAAAAACAUCACAGUUUCAGUCAGUCCCUCUGGUCCAGUACCAGAGAACAGAUGGAGACCAGGAGAAUUUUAUUGGGACUGGAACCAGUUUAAAUAUUAACUUCUCCAGAGACAGGCGA